AUGUCUCUCCGCAUCAUCCCCUCCACAGCACACACCUCCACGACAAACCCCUCCUACGGCGCCCCCUCCSCCCCCGGAGUCCACGACACACUCCGAUCGAACCUCUCCCUCAGCACCCCCGCCCCAAAAACCCACAGCGCCGCCUCAGCAGUCUCCAUAGCUUCCACCCACCCCUUGGAAUCCCGACUAGCAAACUGGCGUUCCCAACAAGAGACUCUCAAGAUGUCCCUCCUGCGCCGUCAAUUCGGAAUCGCGGAGCCAGUCAAGAGACAGAUGGAAUUGAACAUUGUGCGCAACGGAGAGUGGCGGCCGAUGAUGUUGAUGGGUGGUGGUACGGCGGGUCUGCACGCGGAUAUCCUGAGCGGGAGAGAUAUGGAGAUUGGAUGGGAGGAUGUCUUUUCCGGGGAGGAGAUGGGUGAGGUUCCGGAUUUUCACACGGAGAUGGAGAUGAGAUUCGGGAUGGGUUGGUAG